GAGCGAUGGAUUGUGGGUAUCGUGUGUUUCCUGACAGACCGAGACACUGUGUCAGCUGCUGCAGCAAAGUUUUGACAUAGUUCCCCAGCUUUGCUAGUUUUACUAGAUGUGACUCCUCUUCUGAGAUCUCGUCCUCUCCGUGCGCGUUUCAUCCGUCGCUGCCAUCCCGGUUUCCAACCACAGCCCUUAGAUUGUUUGGAAAACUUUCGGAAUGAGUUUGAACGAGCACUCUUUGCAGGCGCUGUCAUGGAGAAAACUCUACUUGAGUCGAGCCAAACUAAAAGCCACCAGCCGCACGUCGGCCCUGCUGUCGGGCUUCGCUAUGGUUGCCAUGGUGGAGGUACAGCUGGAGCGGGAUUAUCCGUAUCCUCCAGGGCUGCUGAUCGCCUUCAGUGCUUGUACCACAGUUUUGGUUGCGGUUCACCUAUUUGCCCUCAUGAUCAGCACUUGCAUCCUCCCUAACCUCGAGGCUGUCAGCAACGUUCACAACCUCAACUCUGUCAACGAGUCUCCCCAUGAGCGCAUGCAUCGCCACAUCGAACUGGCCUGGGCUUUCUCCACGGUCAUCGGCACCCUGCUCUUUCUCACAGAGGUGAUGCUCCUAUGCUGGGUCAAGUUCUUACCGCUCAAAAGCAGUACUGGGGAAAACAACAGCACUGUAAGUUCCGGCGAGGCGGCAGCCAUUACGUCCAGCUGCAUCAUGGUGCCAUUUGGGAUUGUUUUUAUUAUGUUCGCCGUGCAUUUUUACCGCACGCUGGUUAGCCACAAAACGGACCGACAGAGACGAGAGCUGGAGCAGGUCAUUCGCCUCCAAAACCAGCUGGACCACAGGGCAGAGAACGAUGACCUGAAGGAUGCUGUCCAUUUCCCCUGAUCACAGCCCAUCAGCAUGCAAGAGCAGCCGACCUUCAGCAGUGCUUUCAUUUUGAAAUUUUACAUAAAAGCUUUUGACAUUUUUAAAAACUUUGCUGAAAAGAAGACUGUUGCAGGUUUUGACUCAGUCCACAUUUGGAUAAUGCAUGUUCACAGAUAUCUACCAUUAUAAAAGAAAAAUGUUGUUCAAUGUCUGCAGUGAAGCCUGUUGGUAGUUCAAGUAGAUACCUCAGUGGUGCUGUUCUUGCUGUGGUUUCAGGCUUUAAAGCCGUCACAUUAACAGAUUAUUCUCUGUUUUGAUGCAGAUAUACUGUAUAACCUGCCACCGCUUGUGCCCCCCCCCACCUGUGGUCUUACUGUAACAGUGUCCCAGGAUGGGCUGCACUGAUCUCUCCGCAACUCAUGUUUGACUACAUCUAAACAAAAUUAUCAAGCCUUAUUGGUAUGUACAGAUGUUCAUAGCAUACACGUGACCAGAGUCACUACAGUGAUAAAAUGGUGUCAAAAUUAUGGGACAAUUUGAAUCCCUUCAAAACAGGAUGUGUUAUGAAUGUUAACAUUCAGCAGUAUUUAUAUGCCAUCUGAGGCAACAUAGCAUUUACUGAAUAAGUGCUUGUCAGGCUUUGCUCUCGUUUAUUGCAGCAUAAUAAUAUUUACAUCAAAACCAAAUGUCAAUCAUUCAGUACAGUAAGACUAGCGUCCGUGCUUAAAAUGCAAUUUUCUUUCAGAGGAUUCAUCCUAAAACAAAGGAAAAUGUUGCUGAUUUAUGUUGCUUUUGUCACUUAAAUAUCGAUACUACUCAAAUGGUUACUGUAAGAAGUAUUGAUUUUAUUUAUAGAAAGCAUGCACAAAAUGGAACUGUUGCAUACAUUUUGUAAACAUUAUGUUUUUUUUGCGUGCAAUAUAGGUUAUUAUGCUCUUUAUCUUCUGGUACAUUAUUUUAUUAUUAUUUUAUUUUGCUAAGUUCUUUACUGUUUUUCUUUUUAUGGUACGGACACUCUCACAUUCAGGGCUGAUUGACAGUUUGAUCAACUUAUAACUUACUGUAUGUUAUUCAGGCUGAUGUUACACACUUCUUUUAGAGAGAUCAAUGCCAACGUGAAUAAUUUAUUUAACCCUGUUUAUGUUAGUGUACAUAAACAGACGCCGCUGCUUGUGUCAAUGCUGAGCUUUAAAAAGAGUUUUUUUUCUUAGCAAAUACUGUAUUUUUAAUGUUUGUGUGGUUUUAAUCUGGUGAUAGUCAUCAGAACUUUUGUUUGAAUAAAGCACAUUUGAAACCA